AUGACCAUCACCUUUCUUUUGAUUUUAUUGGCUGCAGUCUUGGGUGAACAGGUCAGUUGCAAUGUGUUUUAUGACAUAAAUGAUGUAGAAUCCAUGGAGAUGAUGCGGUAUUGCCCGAACUCCGCAUUUAAAUUGAAGCAAGACAUUGUCAUGAAAGAGGACUUUAUUCCCAUAAACACAUUUUAUGGCGUUCUCGAUGGGGAAAAUCAUGCAAUUAGUAAUAUAACCAUCAGUUCUGGAGGCUACACUCUUGGAUUCUUUCGAACCUUCAAUGGGAUAGUUAGAAACAUUGUUUUGGAUAUACACAUUAAGAGCAUUAAGGCAGAUAGUGUCUUCAUUGGUGGAUUUGCAGGGUACAUGGUUCCAAAGAUGAUUCAGAACGUCAAUGUGACCUCCAGAGUAACGGGAGGAACAGAGUACUGUAGAGAUUGCUCUCGUAAGGCAAUCGGGGGCUUUUGCGGCGCCACAUUGAGUUUCCCAAGUGACAUUACCAUCAACUCUACCAUACAGGUGACGCUCAUGAGUGCAUAUGUGGGCGGGUUAGCCGGGAUUGUUGGAAUAGCAGAGAAUGGUUUUCCUGUAACAAACUUGACAUCAUCUACUAUGAAUUUGACAUCAAACACAAACAUACGGUGCUUGCAAUCAUCUUGCUAUGCCGGGGCUCUCUUUGGGAUGACAUAUCAAUCUGUUGCUAACUCUACCAUUUCUGGGCAAAUCCAAAUUUCUGGUAUGAAUGACAAGCCCACCAUUGCUGGUGGUGUUGUUGGGCUGUUAUUAGCCAGCCUGGUGGAUGUUCGCGGUAAGCUUGAUCAGUUGCAAGUCAUCACAUCUGGGUCUGCCAAUACCAAUUAUGUUGGUGGACUUGUAGGUACUGGAAAUGCAACAACAUUUUUAUCGAAUAGAAUAGAUUCUUGUAACAUUACUAUUUCUGACUUCACUGCAGACUAUACGAUAGAUUAUGUUGGGGGAAUUCUUGCUAGCAGUACCAAUCUUCAAGUCACUAGGACAAUUAUCAAUAUAACAAAUUUGCAUUCGUGUCUGCACACGGGAGGAAUUGCUGGUCUGGCUGUACUUUCUGAAUUCAGACAGUGCAUGGUAGCGGUGGAGACUCACGACAGAUCUGCUUGCAGAGUUCCUUUGCCGGCAAAUGUAGCCCAGUGCAAUGGCAUUUUUUUCGGUGGUGCAGUGGCAAUGGGGACAGGCGAUAUUUUUGUCCAUCAAUCACUAAUCAACUUCACGACCAUCAUUGGAAUUUAUAUGGAUAAUUUUGUCUUUGGCGGGCUUCUUGGCGAAGGUAGCAAAUUUCUUAUCAAUAGCACUGCAGCAGCAUAUGCAUAUAUCAAUUUCACUGCUUCUGAAGAGAUCACUUCAACCCUUACCCUCGGAGGGUUAGUUGGAGGUGUCCUGUUGAAGGACGAUUACAUCUCGACCAUAUACAGUUCAUAUGCGGUCUAUGGAAUAGCGAAUGCAACCCUUUCCUGUCUACCCUAUAACAAUAGUGCUAUUGUAGGCGGCCUAGUGGGAUAUAUUCUUCAAAGAUACCAAACUCUAAUGAACAAUCUGACAGUGCGGUCUUCCUACACUACGAUGAAUGCCUCCUUUUAUUCUGGAGAAACUUGUUUAGCUUCCAGCACAUUUCUAUACGGGGGGCUCUUUGGCUUGUCGUACGCAGAUAUUUACUUUUAUAAUUCUUACAUCCAAGCAAUUGUUUCUCUCCAGAUGGUUGGGUUUAAGGAUUUUUCUCCCUCUGGAGUCAAUGCAUACGGCAUUGGUGCCCUAUUAGGAAAGUCUCUCCUUUCUCAUACGUCAAUUAAGGGAGUCCUCAUCAAUCUAACCGCCCAAAUAAUUACCUCAAAAGUCUCUGGCACGCUCAGUGUGUCUCUCUACGCUGGUACAAGCGAGAUCAAUAAUUGUUUGCUCUGCGAUCUUAUAUAUAUUGUGCAAAACAAGUAUAUUCUUUCAAACGAAUUUACAAUAAGUCAGGCGAUGAGUAUUGAAAAGUUUACAUACGCCUUCCAGUUCACCGAGACAAGUGAGUGGUUCUUUGACAGUAAGAAACCUGUUCUUCGAACGUUACCAAAUUAUGAGCUCAGUCCUAUGUCUGUAUCGACAAGGAACCCAUCUGUUCAGUGGGCAGGCAAGAUGAUUGUCAAUGACAAAAUAUCCAAAAUCGGCUGGGAUUGCAAUUAUACGUUUAACUAUACACCCUCGACACAAUCGCCUCCUCUUCUUCCAUUUCAAUAUAUCACAACCCCAUGCAAUGUUCCCAACUGUAGACACUGCAAGAAGGACGAUCCAGAUACUUGCAUUAGUUGUGUUACAUCACACUAUGUACUUAGUGGGACAACGAUAUGUUCCAAGUGUCAAUCGGAGUGUGCAAUGUGCGGUAGUAUCCUUCCGUUUCCGCUGCCAGAGUCCCCAGCUGUUUGUGUCACAUGUCCUUUAGGGUUUCUAGUCGCAUCUGAAGUCCUCGCAAAUGCAGGAGACAUUCUUUGCAUGAUAUGUCCGACCUGCAAUGUUCCCCACUGUUUGCGUUGUUCUUGCGAUGACCCAUGGAAGUGUAUCAAAUGCGCAAUGGGAUACUACCACAACCCAGAAGGAUACUGUACUCCGUGUCCUCUGUAUUGUCCAUUGUGUACAAACUCUGCAGGGUGCUUGCUAUGUAAAAAUUAUGAUAACUUGCCUGUGAUUGGGCUGUGUGUGUAUAACGUCUACAAUGAAGGAACCGCCAAUUCAUGCGCUGUUUCCAUCAGAAGUGAUCCAACUCUCUGUAUUGCAUGUGAAGUCUACAGCACAGGGGAGGUAUACCAUCCCAAUGAAGAGUGGGUAUGUAAAAAAAUUGAGAAUAAUUGUCAAGUCGUUGGGUGCUUCAGUUGCGUCUUAAACAGCGAAACAGCGUGUAAGGUAUGUCAAGGAGGAUACGUUUUUAAUCCUUCUACCAAGGGGUGUGACCGAUGUGAGGCAGGAUGUAAAAGGUGUCUUUCUCCAUUUCAUUGCUUAGAAUGUUUGACCGAUUUUACGCUUAUCAAUAACACAUGCUUCACAACAGAUAAGUGCGACCAUCCAACAUGUAGUUUAUGCGACGUGUAUAACCCACUAUAUUGUUUAAAAUGCAAUGCACCUUAUGUUAUUAAUAGAGGAUAUGGUCUAUGCAUAUAUCCAGAAUUAGCCCCCAUAAACAACCGAACCGUUAUAAUAUCGGUCACAGUUGUGUGUUGUGUUAUAGUGCUGAUUGUUGCUAUCAUAGUACCUAUUAUAUUGAACCGUAAUAAGAAGAACAAAAUGUUACGCAAACAGCUUGACGACAUUGAGCAGCUUCUCUCUUCUAACAAAUAA